CGCGCAACUUUGCAGAACCUCUCCAGCAGCUCUCCGCGCCUCAGUCUCCUCUCUCCUCUCCCAGAGAGAGGAUCUGCGGAGGCACCUCCCCGGGUCUUAGACCGCAGAGUCUGAGACUUCGGGAGAGGAGCCUAGGAGGAGACGGGCUUUCCCCCAGCCCUUCCUUUUGCUCAGAGCGGCGAGAAGAGGCGCGGAGCUUUAGAAAGUUGGGUGGUCGCAGCGGUAGGUGCUUCCCUUUUUGCCCUUACACCGAGGUGGGGCUGGGACCGCCAGACCCACGUUCCCACCUCGUAAGGUGCACCUUUUCCGGCUCCCGCGGCCAAUGCGCACCGGAGCCGCUCUCUGCAGAGAGCGGACCAGCUUCUUGGUGCGCGCCUAAGAGGAUGGAUCGCAGGUCCCGGUCUCACUGGCGCCGAGCUCGCCACAAUUACAACGACCUGUGCCCACCCAUUGGCCGCCGAGCAGCCACUGCGCUCCUCUGGCUCUCCUGCUCCAUCGCGCUCCUCCGCGCCCUCGCCACCUCCAACUCCCGCGCCCAGCGCGCGGCUGCCCGCCGCACCUUCCUCAACGCCCACCACCGCUCCGCCGCGCCGGUGGCCCCCGAGCCCCCCAAUUCGGAAUCGGAUCCCGAGGAGCCAGAGCAAGAGGUGUCCCGCCCCGAGUGCCCUGGCUACGAGCAAGGGUUCAACUACGAAUCUGAGACCGAGUCCGAAUCUGAUCUUGAGUCUGACAUCGACUUCGACACCGAGACGGAGACCGCCCCCACCACUGAGCCCGAGACCGAGCCCGAGGACGAGCGCGGCCCCGUGGUGCCCAUCCAGAACGCCUUCGCCCAGUCCCUCACCCAGCGCCUCCAGGCUCUGCGGGUGCGCAGCCCCGACGCCUCCCCGAAUCGCGCCCAGCCCCGCCGCCGCCCGGAGCCCCGCAGCCCUCGCGAGGGGGAGGAGCCUCAGCCCGCGCCCCGGGCUGCGCGGGACCCCGAAGAGUCUCAGAAGCCCAAGAAGGAGCAGCAGCAGCAGCGCGGCGGCUGCAAGCCCAAGAAGCCCACCCGCCGAGACCAAUCUCCGCGGUCCCCUCCCAGACGGGGACCCAUCCCCAUCCGGCGUUUCUAAUGGAGGACUCUGUCCAGAUUCUCCUUGUUUUCUUUGGUCCAGGUGCGGGAGAGUCUGGUAAAAGCACCAUUGUCAAGCAAAUGAGGAUUCUGCAUGUUAAUGGGUUUAAUGGAGAGGGCGGCGAAGAGGACCCGCAGGCUGCCAGGAGCAACAGCGAAGGGUAGG